UAUAAGGUUACGUUGGACCUCCACAGCACCAACGAGAAGUUCGGGGGGUUCCUGCGUUCUACGUUGGACGUUCUGUCUCAGCUGCUAGAGAUGGCCACGCUACACGACAUCGGAAAGUGUGUGGAAGAGAUCCUCAGCUACCUGAAACUCUGCUUCUCCAGAGAACCUCUGAUGGCCACGGUCUGUGUUCAACAGUUAUUGAAGACGUUGUUUGGUACCAACCUAGCCUCCCAGUACGAGGGGGCCCAGGGCGGUCCUAGUCGAUCCCAGGGGAAGGCUCUCCGUCUGGGCUCGUCCAGCCUGAGACCUGGUCUCUAUCACUACUGUUUCAUGGCCCCCUACACACACUUCACCCAGGCCCUGGCCGACGCCAGCCUCAGGAACAUGGUGCAGGCUGAGCAGGAGCAGGACGCGUCAGGGUGGGUACACACACACCAGGGUUAUAUAUACACACACUUCACCCAGGCCCUGGCCGACGCCAGCCUCAGGAACAUGGUGCAGGCUGAGCAGGAGCAGGACGCGUCAGGGUGGUUUGAUGUAAUGCAGAAGGUGUCCAACCAGCUGAGAUCCAGUAUCACCAACGUGACCAAACAGAGAGGAGACAAGAAUGCGAUCCACAACCACAUCCGUCUGUUUGAACCUCUGGUGAUCAAGGCUCUGAAACUGUACACCACCUCCACCUCUGUAGCGCUGCAGAGACAGGUCCUAGACCUGCUGGCGCAGCUGGUACAGCUACGAGUCAACUACUGUCUGCUGGACUCAGACCAGGUGUUCAUAGGUUUUGUGCUGAAGCAGUUUGAGUACAUUGAGGUGGGACAGUUCAGAGAUUCGGAGGCGAUCGUCCCCAACAUAUUCUUCUUCCUGGUUCUGUUGUCGUACGAGCGGUACACUCCAAACAGAUCAUCAGCAUCCAAAGAUCAUUCAACUGUGUGAUGGCCUCAUGGCUAGUGGGAGGAAGGGCUGUCACACAUGCCAUCCCAGCCCUGCAGCCUAUAGUCCAUGACCUGUUUGUUCUGAGAGGCUCCAACAAGGCUGACGCUGGGAAGGAGCUGGACACCCAGAAAGAGGUGGUGGUCUCCAUGCUGCUGAGACUCAUACAGUACCACCAGGUGCUGGAGAUGUUCAUCCUGGUCCUCCAGCAGUGUCACAAGGAGAACGAGGACAAGUGGAAGAGACUGUCCAGACAGAUUGCUGACAUCAUACUGCCCAUGAUAGGAAAACAACAGGUACGACCACAGUGAGAGAGACAGAGAGCUUGUAAACUUAUUUGAAGUUAUUCCUGUACUGCCUGUUCCUAACACAGGACCUGAGGUGGUGUCAUAGCAACACGGGACAUGAGGUGGUGUCAUAGUAACACAGGACCUGAGGUAGCAAACCCAGGACCUGAGGUAGCAACACAGGACCUGAU